AUGAGGGGCUUGGUACAGGUGUCCAGCGAGGAGCGGUGGAGGAGGCUGGGACAGUCGCGCAGCAAAUCCUGGACAUCACAGGUCCCCUCCUCUAGGGCUUCCGCGAAUUGUAAAUCUAGCCUUACCAUCCAUCACAGAAUUCAAAUAGGCGAAAAUCUCUAUGGGUGCAAUGAAUGUAGAAAAAUAAUUUCCAAGGAGCUAGAUCUCACUAGAAUUCACACAGGACAAAAGAUUUAUGAUUACAGUGCAUAUGGAAGAACAUAUUGCAGGAAAUCCCACCUCAAAGCGCCUCAGAGAAUUAACACACAGAAUAAAUCUUAUGAAUUCAAUAAGUGUGGAAAAGCCUUUGACCCCAACUCACACCUGAUAAUGCAUCAGAGAAUUCACACAGGGGAGAAGCCUUAUGAAUGCUAUGAGUGUGGAAAAGCCUUUUGCUCAAAAUCCAACCUCAUAAUUCAUCAGAGAAUUCAUACAGGGGAGAAGCCUUUUGAAUGUAAUGAGUGUGGAAAAGCCUUUGGAUAUAAAUCAUACCUCAUAGUGCAUCAGAGAAUUCACACAAGGGAGAAACCUCAUGCAUGUAAAGAGUGUGGAAAAGCAUUUUGCUCAAAAUCCAACCUCAUAAAUCAUCAGAGAAUUCACACAGGGGAGAAGCCUUAUGAAUGUAGUGAGUGUGGAAAAGCUUAUGGCCAGAAGUCACAACUCAUAAAUCAUCAGAGAAUUCACACAGGGGAGAAGCCUUUUGAAUGUAAUGAGUGUGGAAAAGCCUUUGGAUAUCAAUCAUACCUCAUAGUGCAUCAGAGAAUUCACACAAGGGAGAAACCUCAUGAAUGUAAUGAGUGUGGAAAAACUUUUGGCCAGAAGUCACACCUCAUAAUGCAUCAGAGAAUUCACACAGGGGAGAAGCCUCAUGAAUGUAAUGAGUGUGGAAAAGCAUUUUGCUCAAAAUUCAACCUCAUAAAUCAUCAGAGAAUUCAAGGGGAGCAGCCUUAUGAAUGUAAUGAGUGUGGAAAAGCAUUUUGCUCAAAAUCCAACCUCUUAAAGCAUCAGAGAAUUCACACAGGUGAGAAGCCUUAUGAAUGUAAUGAGUGUGGAAAAGCUUAUGGCUGUAAGUCACAACUCAUAGUGCAUCAGAAAAUUCACACAGGGGAGAAGCUUUAUGAAUGUAAUGGUUGUGGAAAAGCCUUUUGCUCAAACUCUGACCUCAUACAUCAUCAAAUUCACACAGGGGAGAAGCCUUAUGAAUGUAAUAAGUGUGGGAAAGCUUAUGGCUGUAAGUCACAACUCAUAGUGCAACAGAGAAUUCACACAAGAUCGAAAACUCAUAAAUGUAGUGAGUCUGGAAAAGUCUUUACCCAAAGGUCAGAACUCAUUACACACCAGGAAUUUACCCAAGGCAGAAACCUCAUGUAUGUUGUGAGUGUGGAAAAGCCUUUUUAUGGAGGUCAGCUCUCAUUGCACAUCAGCGAGUUCACAUGGGGAAGAAACCUUAGGAAUGCAGUGUGUGUGGAAAAGCCUUCAGUUCAAAGUCCAAUCCCUUAA